AUGAUUGGCUGCUGUUUACAAACUUUCAACCAAUCAGAUCUCGCCUUGGUGCCAGACCAUCAAGUGUCCCGAACUUCUGACACUUGCUCCCACACCAUGCGGACAAGGCAGAUCUGGAUGAACAGUAUAUCCCGCACCUGUCAGACGAGUUCGUAUCAGCUUGCCGGGGUCGCACACAAGUGGAAGGGUGAGUGCACAGUAGAAGGUAUCGAUAUCUACGAUGACUUCGAAGUAAGUGAUCGGCGAAUCGGCAGAUUCUGUGGUAAAACAGUUCCCCUUCCAAUCAUGACGACCGGCCCGAAUCUGCACUUUACCGCCUACACGAAAUCCAUAUUCAGGGGAAGAGGUUUUUUGGCCCACUACAGUUCAGGUGAACCUCUCAGAAAACCAAAUUGGUUUUCGCUAAUUUCGAGCAAGUUGGGUAACAUAAGGUUGACGGAAACUCGGGGACUGUGGCUACCUGAUGAGCCUCAAGAAGGGCGAGACCGAUCGUCAGCUGUCGACGAAUGUUCAUCAACCUUGAUACCGAAUUGCAACGAUGCAGCCAUAUGGGUGACCGGUAACAAAUUCGAAAAUAAAACAGUCCUAUUGGCUACACUGUGUGGAUAUGAAAAAAGCUAUGAGGCUUUGAUUGGCAGAUUCCAACAAAUAACAAUAUUUCUGAAGACCAGCCCACUGGCGACGGGGACGGGUUUUGUUGCGCGUUAUACACGUUUCAGGGAUGAUAUCACUCUAAUGGGGGAACUGAACCACUCCCUUUACGAAGAUCCCGAAAGGACCGUCAGGUUGAAGCCCUAUGACGGCCAUGGAGUUGGUGAGAUCGAGACGGGGACCAUCACUCAACCGAAUGACCAGCGGAUGAUAUUCUAUUACGAGGCAUUUCAAUUGCGAGGUCCAUCAAGAUACGACAUUUGUACCGAUGAAUACUUUGAACUUUACGACGGGCCCAGCAGAUUCUACCCAGUGAUCGGAAAGUACUGUGGUUUGGACAUUCCACCAAUGGUUGUUUCCAGUGGUUACGCACUGUCCUACCGCGCGAGAAUAAUUUCAAACUCAAGCCAUGUUGUCAUGUUCUAUAAACCAGUCACUUGCGGAGGCACGAUUUCUGUGAAAACACCCGGAUAUUUCGUGUCACCUGGCUAUCCGCAUACCCUGCCCUCAAAUUUGCGUUGUCAUUGGAGGUUAAUACCAUUCGAGGGCCUACCAGUGGUUGUAGAGUUCUCUGAUAUCCACAUGCCUCCACUGUGGUACUGGUGUGGUGACACGUAUACUGCUCUGUCGGGAACAACAGCCGGAGGGGAAGUCGUGGAUCUGGGGAGAUUCUGUGGCUCCGGGAGAGAUCGGACGGUGAUGGGCGCAUUCAAACAUCUUGAUGUACAUUUGGUGACGGGAAGGCGUGCCAAUGGGACCGGUUUCAAAGCUCAUUACAAGAUGGAAUGUGGCUAUUGGCUGUCAAAAUCUGGAAUAUUCCAAUCACCAGGACGUACUGAUUGGCAUCGCACGGGUUUCGUUUGUUGGUGGGGACUGCAAAUUCCUUUUGGAAAAAAGAUCCUCCUAGAUAUCAAUAUUCAACUUGAUUCAGAGACCGACCCUGAUGAACCGUGUUUUGACGAGAUUGUGAAGGUGUACGACGGACCGAAUAAGGGGUGGCCGCUUCUCAUGAUGAAAUGUGAUACACACCAUCGACAAAUCAUGUCACGAGGCCAAACGAUGCUAGUACAGUAUCGAGUGGGCAAGAACAAACCAAAGCUGACUUUUACUGCGAGCUUCCAACCA